UAUGUGUGAGACGUGUGUCCCGAGUGUUGUAAACCUGGUCCAGGUUGAUUAGGGGGUCACACUGAGUACUUGUGAAACAGUGCAUAGCUUUAGGUGGCCUUGGCCCCUUCUUGUAACACCCCCUUUACAACAACAAAGAAAAUGCCAGCAUGAGGUUCGGUAAUCUGUUAUUAGUAACUUCAUACGGGGGAGGGCUGAGGUACGGACUGAGGACGUCGUGAAAAAACGGCCCUGAAACUUGGACACACUCAGCACUGCACGUUCAGUUUUCCUCGACAGUGGGCCGACGGAAAGCAGCCUGCCUUUGCCACUCCCCUUUAAAGGGCAACAUCAUCCCUCUCUGACCGUGUAAUUGAUGUUAUGGGGGAGAAUCUUGAGACUCUCGGUGUGAAUCGGAAACAAAAUAACUAUUGAGGGCGCUGGAAAAGGGCACCGGUCUGGAUUUUUACCCGAACUAGUUCACGCGCAGUCAAAGCGCGGGGCGGAAACGCCUUCACCGGACGCUGCUUGUCUUUGUCGACUCGUGCGGAUAAACGACAACUCUCCUGGCAAGAUGAACAGGAUAACGGGAAAGGCGAAAGAUGCGACUCUCAUUGAAAUGAGCCAGAGGGAUUCUCACAUUGGAGAGGAUAAUAACGGCCUCUUUUCCACAUCAGAUCGAGACACACAGCUACCCGGCCAUCUGGAGAGUGAGGGCACACUCGCUGGGGAGCUGACUAAAGACUCCGUUUACUUCAGAGAUGGAGUGCGGCGGAUUGACUUUGUCCUGUCCUAUGUGGAUGACAAAGAUGUGGACAGAAAACAGGAGAGGAGGCGGGAGUUUGAGGCUAACCUUGAGAAAGUGGGCCUGGAGUUGGAGAGAGAGGAUAAGUCGGAGUCAGACGACCGUAAGACGUAUUUCGUGAAGAUCCACGCCCCGUGGGAGGUGCUGAGUAAGUACGCUGACAUCCUGAAGAUCAAGGUGCCCUUUAAGGUGAGCGACAUCCCCAAGGCGGGCGAAGCGCCGCUGCACUGGCUGACGCGACCCUUCCGCCUGCCGGAGCACAUCAUGCAGCCCGAGCAGGACCACUUCACCUCGCCCUUCGACAAGAACAAGACCGCCUUCUUCCUCAUCCAGGACAAGGACACCUUCUUCCCCGCCUCGACACGCAACAGGAUCGUGUACUACAUCCUGACGCGCUGUGAAUAUUAUAAGGAAGACCGGCCAGAGAAGGACAAGAGAGGCAUCAAACGCCUGAUUAGCAACGGGACCUACACAUCAGCAUUUCCACUACAUGAUUGUCGUUAUUGGAAGAAAGCACGUGAGUCCCACUGUGAGAGCGAACGCUAUCACCUGUACAGGCACUGGGCUCGCUUCUUCAGCUUCUACAAGGAGCAGCCUCUCAACCUCAUAAGGAAGUACUAUGGAGAGAAGAUUGGCAUCUACUUUGCAUGGCUGGGCUUCUACACAGAGAUGCUGUUUUUUGCCGCAGUGAUGGGAGUCAUCUGCUUCGUGUAUGGACUGCUUAGCUAUGAGGACAACGUCACCAGUAAAGAGAUCUGUGAAAAGGGCGGAGACAUUGUGAUGUGUCCUCUGUGCGAUAAGAAGUGUAGCUUCUGGAAACUGAACUCCACCUGCCUGUCUUCCUGGCAAUCUCACCUGUUUGACAACGAGGGCACCGUCUUCUUCGCCAUCUUCAUGGGCAUCUGGGUGACCCUGUUCCUGGAGUUCUGGAAGCGGCGGCAGGCCCGUCUGGAGUAUGAGUGGGACCUGGUGGACUUCGAGGAGGAGCAGCAGCAGCUCCAGAUCCGACCCGAGUUUGAAGUCAUGUGCACCCACUACAGAACCAACCGCAUCACACAGGAAAAAGAGCCCUAUAUGCCAGUCGCCACCAAGCUGCCUCGAUUCUGCCUAUCAGGGGCCACAGUACUCUUCUGGAUGUGCCUGAUCAUAGCGUGUAUAAUGGGUGUGAUAGCGUACCGUCUGGCGGUGUACGCUGCGUUCGCUAAGAUCAUGAAGAACUCUGAGACCAGUAAGAUCCAGCUGGUGGGGUCUCUCAUCACACCCCAACUGGCCACCUCCGUCACCGCCUCCUGCAUCAACUUCCUCAUCAUCCUCAUCCUCAACUUCCUCUACGAGCACGUCGCCAUCUGGAUCACUGACAUGGAGAUCCCAAAGACCCACCUGGAGUACGAGAACAAGCUGACCAUGAAGAUGUUCAUGUUCCAGUUCGUCAACUACUACUCCUCCUGCUUCUACGUGGCCUUCUUCAAGGGCAAGUUUGUGGGUUACCCCCGCGACUACAACUACAUGUUUGGCAAGUGGAGCGGACUUAGGAACGAGGAGUGUGAUCCUGGGGGCUGUCUGAUUGAGCUGACCACCCAGCUGGUGAUUGUGAUGGCAGGGAAGCAGGUGGUGGGGAACAUCCAGGAGGCUCUGUUACCGCUGAUGCGUAACUGGUGGGGCCGCCGUAAAGCGCGGAACCAUCCGGAAAAAGUGUACAGCCGCUGGGAGCAGGACCACAACCUCGUCAGCUUCGGCCAGUUUGGCCUCUUCUACGAGUACCUGGAGAUGGUGAUCCAGUUUGGCUUCAUCACUCUGUUUGUGGCCUCCUUCCCUCUGGCGCCCCUGCUGGCGCUGGUCAAUAACAUCCUGGAGGUGCGCGUGGACGCCUGGAAGUUCACCACUCAGUUCCGCCGCCCGGUGGCCGCCAAGGCACGCAACAUCGGCGUCUGGCACGAGAUCCUCAACGUGGUGGCCAUCAUCUCCGUGGUGACCAAUGCCUUCAUCAUGGCCUUCACGUCAGACAUGAUUCCUCGGCUGGUGUAUCUGUACUCUGACAAUAACCACAGCAUGCAUGGCUACAUCAACAACAGCCUGAGCGUCUACAACAUCUCCCAGAUCCCCUUCGACAACAUGCCAGACAAGGGCGAGGACCCGGCCUGGUACAACAGCUCCGUACACACCACCUGCAGGUAUCGUGACCACCGCUAUCCCCCUGGGCAUGAGCGCGAGUAUUCACACACCAUGCAGUUCUGGCACAUUCUGGCUGCCAAACUGGCUUUUAUCAUCAUCAUGGAGCACGUGGUGUUUGUGGUGAAGUUCUUCGUGGCGUGGGUGAUCCCUGACGUGCCGACGGAUGUGCACGCGCGGAUCAAGCGGGAGCGCUACCUGAUCCAGGAGUACCUGCACGACUUCGACAUGAACCAGAUCAAGCUGCAGCUCAGCCAGAGCACCACCUUCGCCACAGACACCGGCAACGGCAACGGCAACGGCAACGGCAACGGCAACACGGAGAACGCCUCCCUGCUGCCCCACGACACACCCGAGAAGCAGGACGUCCUCUCUGACUGCUAGUGCCUUUGCUCACACACACACACACAUACACACACACACAUUUACACACACACACACACAUACAGAAACACACUCAAACACACCAAGAAUACUCUGAACCCAUUCAGGCACACUUGCCUAGACAGACAUCCUUAAACUCAUUAAUGCACACACACACACACACACACGUGUUGG